UGUUCAAUGCACCCCUAAAUCUGUUCAGAAUGAAGGAGUCCGGCGCCAAAUCUGAAGCAUGUUUACACACAAACACACUUUUUAAAGCUGUGUUAGAAAAGCCUGAGAAGUGGUGAAUAUUUCCACCAGCAGCAUCGUUUUUCUUCUAGGUUGGAGAUGUGGCUGAACUCGGAGCAGACGGCUCUCGCAGGCCUGAUGUUCGAAAGCUACGUGACGGAGCAUCACAGGAACGACAUCCUGCAGAUCCUGCAGGAACCUGAUGAAGACGCACACUACUCGCUCGUGGUAAACGCUAUGACCUUAUUCGAAGCCAACAUGGAGGUGGGCGAGUAUUUCAACGCCUGCCCCCACCAGGUGCUGCAAGUAUUCGACGAGGCUCUUCACGCCGCCGCGCUUGCCGUCUCUCGGUCCGAGCCGCCGCAGAGCUCCUUAAAGCUGAAACGCAACCUACACGUCCGAGUCUCCGGUUUGCUGGUGUGUCCCGAGAUGACCCGAGAGCACAUCCCUAAAGCCCGGGACGUGGGGCACUUCCUGUCCGUCACCGGCACCGUCAUUCGCACCAGUGUGACCAAAGUGCUGGAGUACCAGCGGGAUUACAUGUGCAACAAGUGCAGGCACGUGUUCUCCGUGCAGGCCGACUUCGAGCAGUACUACACCUUCACCCCGCCCGGCCACUGCCCCAACCAGGACGAGUGCAGCUCCUUUAAAUUCACUUGUCUUUCCGAACGAGACGCCCCGCCGUCGUCCUGCAGGGACUAUCAGGAGAUCAAGAUCCAAGAGCAGGUACAGAGACUCUCCGUGGGCAGCAUCCCUCGCUCCAUGCUGGUCAUUUUAGAGGACGAUCUGGUAGACAGCUGCAAAUCAGGAGACGAUAUCACUGUGUACGGGGUGGUGUGGCAACGCUGGAAGCCGCUGUAUCAGGACUGUCGCUGUGACGUGGAGAUCGUUCUGAAGGCAAACUACAUCGAAAUCAACAACGAUCAAUCCACAGCAGCGGUUGUGCUAGAAGACUGCCAGAAAGAAUUUGAAGAAUUCUGGGACACACACAAGCACAACCCUAUAGCUGGCAGGAAUCAGAUCCUGAUGAGUCUGUGCCCCCAGGUGUUUGGGAUGUAUGUGGUGAAGUUGUCUGUAGCCUUGGUGUUGGCAGGUGGAGUGCAGCGCGUCGACGCCUCGGGGACGAAGGUGAGAGGUGAGUCUCACCUCUUGCUAGUGGGCGAUCCAGGCACUGGGAAAUCUCAGUUUCUGAAGUACGCAGCGAAAAUCACGCCGCGCUCGGUCCUCACUGCUGGCAUCGGCUCCACUAAUGCAGGUCUGACAGUAGCAGCAGUGAAGGACUCUGGAGAGUGGCACCUGGAGGCAGGAGCACUGGUUCUCUCUGAUGGAGGUCUCUGCUGCAUAGACGAGUUUAACAGCAUUAAGGAACACGACCGCACCAGCAUCCACGAGGCCAUGGAGCAGCAGACCAUCAGUGUGGCUAAAGCUGGAAUGGUGUGUAAACUAGACACAAGGACAACCAUCCUUGCAGCCACCAACCCAAAGGGCCAGUACGACCCCAACGUGUCCGUGUCUGUGAACGUAGCUCUGGCCAGUCCCCUCCUCAGCCGCUUCGACCUGGUCCUCGUCCUGCUGGACACCAAGAACCCCGAGUGGGACAAAAUCAUCUCCUCGUUUAUCCUCCAAAAUAAAGCUGUCCCGAGUCAGUCGUCUUCAUUAUGGAGCAUGGAGAAGAUGAGAACGUACUUCUGCGUGGUAAAGAGGCUGCAGCCGCGCAUUACUCAGGACGCCAACUCCAUCCUGACCCGCUACUACCAGCUGCAGAGACAGAGCGACAGCAGGAAUGCUGCACGCACCACCAUCCGCAUGCUGGAGAGCCUCGGGCGUCUCGCAGAGGCCCACGCCAAGCUGAUGUUCAGAGAGACGGUGACCGUGGAGGACGCCAUAGUGGUGGUGUCGGUUAUGGAGUGCUCCAUGCAGGGUGGCGCUCUGCUCGGUAACGUGAACGCUCUGCACACGUCCUUCCCUGACGACCCUAGUGAGCAGUACAGAAGUCAGUGUGAGAUUGUACUGGAGGGUCUGGGCCUCAGUCACAUCCUCAACAAAGAGCUUCAGAGGCUCUCAGGGAAGCCGGACCGAUCUCACGAGUCACCUGGAGUGACCUGGAGUAAGCAGCCGAGUGACCUGCGCAGAGAGAGCGGGACCAGUGAGGACACGUCUGCCUCUGACCCAGGACUUCACUGGUUUCACAGCAUAACCAGUCCAGCUGAUGGGAAAGAGGCAUUCCCAGUGGCAUCUCCCAUUCAUUCCUCUACACAACAUCACACAGACAAGACACCGUGCUCUAGUGUGUUUCCUAGCAACAGUGGCUCUGCGUGGGAGAAGAAGGCCGACGAGGACGGCAGCUCGGUGGUGCAAAAGCUCUCCAAAAAGCUCAGGACCAAACGAUUGAAAGAGAUGAACACCGAGCGCUCAGGGAGCGAAGAUAAGAACACGGUGGAUGAAACAACAAACACAGAGCAGGAGUCGUCUCCACACACACGUCCGUGCCACAGCACACCGAUGCCAGACAGGAAAGGGCCUUCUAAAAGAAAGGCCACGUGUUUAAGUCCAGCUGUGACCGAACGAUCCGAGAGCGAAAAUCUCCAGGUCGACCUGUCGACCUUCGCUUUCAGAAGCAGAGGGAGAAUGACGCACACGGAUCAGGCUAGCGCUUCACAUCCGGCUCCUAAAAGGGGUCGUAAAAUCGACACAGAGCGAAAUUUGCAAAGGAAAGGAAAGGAGACUGAGAAAAAUGGGUGUUGUGAGCAGCCAGCAGAGGGCAGCAGCACAUGUAAGAAGCUCAGAGCUCGAGUCCAGGCUAAAGUCCGAGAGAUUCCCUCCGAAAACAGGACAGCGGACGACGCGGAGCACAAACGCCAGCAGCUCGUCCAAAGCCUCAGCAGUGCCACUCCAAACAAGCCCAUUUCCUCCAUUCAGCCACGCCAGCCAGAGACUAAAAUCGCUUCCUCCACCCUGGCCAAGCUUUCCACGUUCUCCUUUGUUCCCUCUCCUGAGGAAAAGACCAGCCAGAAUCUUACCACAGCUCCAAAACAGAUGAACAACACAUCAGUUUCCAAGGACGGCGUAAUGGAAAAAGAUGCCAGCGCAGUGAAAAGCGCACCCACGAACACGGCCACUAUGGAGCAGAACAGCUGCACGAAUUUAGCAGCGAAGACCCGUCAGAAGACGAGCAGGCCAUACCAAAACACGGAGAUGUGUGAGGAAGAAUCCGAGAGCUCCAGGAAGAGGAAGCGCUUCGAGCCGAGCUCAGGACGACCCGGAGGCCUUUUCUCCGGUCUCUCCUUCUUCGGCUCCUCUACUGUAGAUGAUGACGCUCUCGACGUGGACUGGGACGAGGAGUCCGGGAAUAAAGCCAAAAUAUAGUUACAUUAGAUGAGAUGAAGGAGAAGGAAGACUCCAGCAAUACAAUCUUUAGGUUGUGUAAUCUCUCUCCUGUUCUGAGGAAAAGGAAAAUAAAAGGUUUACUCCAAACUUGAUUAUACUUCAUGUCUUGGGGCAGUCAUCAGGGCAGGUUAGAAAUGUAUAGAAAUGUGACUAAAUCAUUCAAAAUUCAAAAAUGAAGCUGUUCUACUGGAUGAAACGGACUUCAGGGAAAGUCUCAGAAAUGUGUUUUAUAUACAGUAAAGUUUUACUUUAAGUUUUGUUGUAUUUGAGCCGCUUUAUCUGUGCCGAUGUGACUGAGAGGAAAAUGUAAAUGUAGCUCCAGUUUCUUCAUGUACACUUUUUUUUUUUUACACGUGCAGAAUCCAUAAAUACGUUCUACACACAUAAUGCGAUACCAAACCUGCCCUCAGGCUCCCAUUAUACGGAGUAAACAUACGCUACAGAUGCUGUAAUGGAGAUGAAAAAUGCUGGAGUUUUCCUUUAAUGUCAAGAAAUAAAAUGUAGAUAUAUAUAUCUUGUUUUAUGAUGGAUGGAUGACGUGAAUUGAAAAGCUGCUUGGGGGGAAAGAAAAUCCUCCUGCUGUUCGAAAACUCUGCCAGGUUAUGAAUCAACAAUAAAAAAUGCACUCCUUACUCA